UGCUGAGCCAGACCCGCCGGCUGGGGGCAGCGAAUUGUUCACAUUCCGCCAAUCACCGCGUUCAUCCGCCGGGCUGCGUUGUCACGGCAACGGCAGCGUUUAGCGUCGUCCUGGCGACGCCCCGUUCCCCAACCAAAACAAAAGCUGGUGCGUGUGCGGAGGUUUCCACGGCGGCGGCGGGAGUCACUCGACAGAGGGGAGAGCUCGGGGGGGAGAGCGAGGCUGUAACAUCCAACCUGGCGGUGAUCGGAGCCUGAGGAAGCCCAAGAGCUGACAAAGCGCCCUCCCGAGCGAUGUGCCACCGGCAACUCUCCAUGUUUCGCGAAAUGGAAGAAGACCCCUUUUUCUCGUAAGCUGCCAGCCCUUGGGGACCCUUUUCAUUCACAUCAGGAAAACCUCCGUCAACUGAUGUCCAGUUUUCCAGCUCAAUUGGAUCAAGACCUCUUGGUGAAUUUUAUGGGUGGCAAAGUUCCUACUCAGACAGGCCCAAGGCAACACAACUCGAAGGAGGAUGAAAAGCAUUCUGAAGUGGCUAGUUGCUCAGUGGAUCCUUUCAAAAAGAUGAUGGAACAAAUGAGAAAAGAAAUGGUUGAAAUGCAACACAAUAUUAAAAAUGCACCUUACCAUCCCAACGAUCAUACUUUAAACACUUCCACUGUAAUGAGCUAUGCAAAAGUGGGAAAUGAACCUGCUAAAGUGUUCCAGGCUUCCAGUCAUGUACAUCGUGUUCCUGGUGGACUUAAAGAGACAAGACGGGCCGUAAAAGACUCUGAAAGUGGAAUUGAAAAAAUAUCAAUUGGCCAUCACAUUAAAGACCGUGCUCAUGUAAUUCAGAAACUCAGAAACCAGAAAACAGGUGAUGAAGAAGUUGAUCAAGAAUUUAUCAACCUAAAUGAAGAUGAUGCACCGAUGUUUGACCAAGAAUGGCAGGAAAAGGUGUCAAAGUUUAUGCCUCCUGGAGCACAAAUGUAUGGUCUUCAGGAUGUUAAAAAAGCCAUGGAAGGACAAAGGACCAAACACGGUAAAAAACAAUCUGUUUCGCACCUUAAUCCUCCCUCUGCUCCUUGUGGCUGCCCUAAUACGAGCUCUGCUGCUGCAGGCAUGAAAGCGUUGUCAAAAAAUGGAAGAAAAUGAGCAUUUUACUGAAACUACUUGGCUCAGGCAAUUUCUGUGUGAUAAUACCGAGGCUGUGCUUUUGAGUUUUAGUUUAAUUUCUGUAGAAUACUUCAGUUCACUUCUUGCCUUUGGCUAUAGUUUGAUAACUAGCAUUUCAUUUUUGUCAUCAGCAAUGUGCACCAAAUAAAAGAAGUGCAUUUUAUAGAUGUUAAAAGUAAAUAACUACUGAGUCAACUUAGGCAUCCAAUAAAGUAGGGUUCAGAAAUACAGGUGAUGUAGCUGACUCGAUCGAUUUAUAUUGUGUUGAUACAAAUGGUGUCGAUUUUUCUUGUACUCUGCAUGUAAAUGUGUGCAAUGUGUUGUAUGGAAUAUAUUCACUGGAUGACAUUAGUGGGAGAUCCGAUGGACUUUUGGUCUAUAGCCUCAUUUGCAAAUGAGUGAUUAGCUGCUAGCAUUAAUUUUACUGCAUCAUGGACCCAGGAAAUAUAGCAGGUCUGUUAUUUCUUAAAGUCCUCUUAAAGUGGAUGCAUCAUUUCUAUCAGUUGGGUCAGUGCUAGAAGCAUCAACAGCAGGACAUAGCUGCUGCAUCUGAAAACAUUAACUGAUCUUACCAGGACUAUCUCUUAACAUCUCUCUUAAAUAAAAUCCUGCUACAUGACAUGUUUUUCAGCUGCACUACCAAUAUUUUUUUAUAACCUGACAAUUAUUUUGAAAUAUCUUCCUCCACUUACAAAGGUUUUGAAAGGCUGUUUGCCUCUUACAUGCUCUGGUGCUUUCUUCUUGUUAGAUACAGUAUUAAAUUUAAAAGGCAUCAGAUAUUGAGACAAAGAGAUUCAAAUAACAGCAGUGAUCUUCCUAAACCACACUAGCUGUGAGCUGCUGGCAGUUAGCUGACUUUUCUGCUUGAAGCUGAGCACCAAACUGAAACCUUUGAUUUUUUUGCUCUACAAUCCAUGGGCAACGAAGCAGAAACACUGAGCUCGCCAUGGAACCUAACAUUCCAGCGCGAUCUUCCCUUCUCUGCUCUAUUCAAAGCCCCCUGCCUGCAUCAAUUCUCACUGUGCCUAGCAUAAUUGUGCUUCUGAAUAGCAGGAGGCAAACAAGGAACUCCUGGCAUUUGAUGGAGAAGACUUCUGUCUUCAGGUAAAUGACACCAUAAGGUUACACAGCGUAAAUUGCUUCAGUGGUUAUUCAACGUGCUAACUAUUUCCCAAACCAGUGAGCAUUUUGCCAAACACUUGUCCACAGAAUCAGCCUUUGAAAAUAAGGACCUGAAGGAAAUGCACACUUCAAUGACUUGUGUACAAAUUUAAUAUCGAGUAAAUAUUGUGAAAUUCUAACUUAUUUUGCAGUCCAAAUCGGGCUUGCAAUUUAUCAGGCCACAUUGUGCUGGACAACUGGAUUUAUCUUUUUCAAAUGCAGAAAGCAGGAUCCACACCCAAGAGAUAUGCCAUCUGAUAGGGACAUUGAAAACUCUGCAAAUAUAUUUAAAUGAUUCAAAACUAAAACUAUUGAAGAUAAUAAAAAAAUUAAACCUUAAAAUUCUAACAAUUAUAAACAUUAAAAUAACAUGAAAUAGCUCAACCAAUUACCUCCACGUCCCUAUUUCCUUCAGGUCAGAAAAUCCAUUCAAAUAAAUAGUGUUGCCAUUCAUUUGACAGCCGUCCAGGUAAACAGGUCAGAGGCUAGUGCAAAGUGCUGCACCAUUGGACUCAAUGGUGAGUCCAACAGCACUGCAGCAAAUCAGAUGUACUGGUACCUGAUCUCCAGGUUAUCUCAGGAUUCUGUUUCUUGCCCGGGCAUGAGCAUACAUCCAGGACAAGCCAAGCUGCAACCAGUUGCUGAUCAGUAUGUUUUGGCCCAUUGCUGAUUACUUCCAUAACAAUGAGUUUAGAAAAGCUGAAAGGUGACAUAAAUGACCGCCUAAGAGAUAAAAAGCAUUUGAUUCAAUAUCUGCUGAAAAAAAUAUCUGAUAGAGUAAUCCAGGGCAAAAUGUCUCUAUCCCACUUUCAACCCUCAAGAUGACAAUAGAGCAUAUGUCAGUGCUAGUUAAAAUUAAGACAAUGAUGGUGAUAACCUUGCACAUGUUAAAAACUAAUGAGACCACGAUUUAAAUACAUGUGACUUUGCUGAUGCUUUGUAAUCAGAGGCUGCCAAAUUAUUGUGAAUUCAAACCUUUGACUGUUGGU